AUGUACCAAAAAAACAUUUACGCUCAGAUGAUGGGAAAAGAUCGCUACGUGGUGGCGUACACAGCAUCGUCGUUGAUCCUGGCUGACAACGAAACAGGGCUCUCGUCCGAAAUCGACUGGCAAUCAGGUGGCAAUGAAAAGUUUUAUUUCGAGUUCGCACACGUGUGUGUGAUUGUGAAUGUCGGUGAGAUAACGGUCGUCGAAUACGGUAUUGAUGGGCCGCUCGGUUGGGUAAGAACCGAGUUAACCAGCCGCCAUCUGAUCAGCGUGAGCGUCACUAAAGGAGGUCCGAGCUCAAGCCCGAUGAAGAAAAUCGCCUACCUCACAGAUCCAACAUCACUGACCAUUAGUGAGUCUCAUUUCAGUCAUAAUAUAAAAUAA